GAUGACUUCAGAAAGAAGAUUAAGCUAUAACGAUAACAUUAAACUUAUUUCUGAUAUUCUUGAGAUAUCCAUACACACAAUACUGAACAUUAGACAGGUCUACCCACAAUUCACCUUCGAGCGAAAGCAAAAAUGGGGCGCUAUAGUUUACAAGUCUAGAGUACCGGCAGUACAAAGUUAUAUUACGUCAUUAGUUGAAAGCGUCAUUGAACAAAUAAAGCAAGAUAAAGUGGAGAACAUAAUUGUUAUCAUAAAGAACAAAUACGAUAUUCCAUUUGAGAAGUUCAUCUUCAGAAUAGACAAACGAAUAGACGAUAUAGAAGAUCAUCUGAAAGAUACGAGUUUCCAAGAUGCACUUGCGCAUGAUCAAGUAGGCGUCUACGCUAGGUCGAUCUUGGUGAGACUAUCAACUUUAGAUGCUAUGUUAGAACCGCUGAAAGAGGAAGAAGAUUUAACAUUUAGUGUACAAUUAGAAUUGCGGCAGUCUAGCGAAAUGAAUAAUAGCUCCGAAUGGAUUACUAGAAAUAAUAAUCACACUAAAGACAGCCAAGAUAUCAUUCCAGUUCGAGCGAUCGAUACUGGUAUAUUAAAUCUACAAUUAUUAUGUCAAGAGACAGAAUAUAAAUAAAUUAAGGAAUUUAAUUGACAGUUUAUUUUUUAUUUUGACACUUAUCUAUAAAUGGAAGUCGCCAUUCGAGGCUGUCUGCGCAUUUACAUUCUCAUCAACGGUGACAAUCAAGGGUGAUGUACAAAACUCAAUAUACUUUCUCACCAAAGUAUAUACACUCA